AUGGAUUUUGCGUGGAAUGCCAGGAAUAUCUAUGCAAAAAUUGCUUUGAAUGUCACAAGAAGACAAAAGCCACACGGAAUCGGCCAGCUUCUUGAUAAAGACAACGUUGGUAAACAUGCUACUACCAGUAAAGAUUCCGAUGAAUGCACAGAAAAAUGUUCUGUGCAUAAAAAGGAAAUAAUUAAAUUCUUCUGUCCAACACACAAAGCGCUUGGCUGUAAUGACUGCGUCAUCUUGGAUCACAGGACAUGUAACAUUGACUACAUACCUGACAAAUGUGCAGAUAUAGGGGACAGCGAGGAAUAUAUGGAUAUCAUGAAGAAAUUAAAAGAAAAAAUGAAAGAAGGAGAAGAUGUUUUGAAGAAAGCUGAAGUGAGAGAUAAAGAGAUAGAUAAAUGCCAUGCUGGUAUUAUCAAAGAAAUCCUCAACUUCAGGAAGGAAAUAAAUGAACGCCUAGAUCAACUACAGCAAAAUAUUCAGAAAGAUGCUGACAAAAAGAAAUCCGACGAUAAAAAAAUAAUUCAGAAGGUAGUUGAUGAAUGUGCCAAUAUUUCUACUGAAAUCAAGAAUUUGCAGUCAAGUCUACAAGCUAAUAAAAACGCACGGGAAAACGGGCAACUUUACAUCAAUAUUAAACGAGCUGAAUGCAAAAUAAAUUCAUAUGCAGUAUAG